AUGUCAGUUGAACGCUAUUUUACUGCCUUAUUUGAGAAGAAUCCUGCGAAUCCAAUAGUGUCCUUCAACUAUUCGGAAAAGUUAGUAAUUGGUAUUCAGGCCGGUUUCAUUUGCAACGUGAGCUGUGGAGAAACUGUUCAACGAUUUUAUGUUAAAGGACACUCAGCGAUGUCAUCACGUCAGAAUGUCGACAUGCGGGAAAUUUAUAUGUACUUUUUAUUGGCUCAAAUCGGCGUUGGGCCGUCAGUUCACAUUAUUCCUAAUAUUCAUACGUCCGUUAUUGGUGUUUAUAUCGCGACAUUAGAAGUUGUCAAUUUUAAACCAUCGCAUGCGACGAAGCUCACGUUGAAGGCAGAAUUGAUGCUGGAUUUGAUACGAAGAUUAUUUAAUGUGAGCGAUCUUCAUUGCGACAACUAUGGACUCGACAUGAAUGGAAAUCUUUCAAUCAUUGAUUUCAAAAUUUCGGGCUACUCGUUUAACUCCAAAAACCAUAAUGUUUGGAAAAACUAUAAACAACAGCCAGAAAAGCUGAAGAUUAUUCGAGAGAUUCUAAAGGACUGGAAUUUCCCAAAAGCACUCCACGACGCGAAUAAUUCAUUCAAUGACACAAAAGAAUUUUUGAAAAGCGAUACUGACUCAUCGAAUUCGUUCGAGAUUGAUGUCACACUCAUUUUUCCAGCAAUUGUCAAUCCAACGAAGUGUUCAGCUUCAUCGCAUUACUUGGAAGCUAUGGACCACUCAGGAGAAGAUUGGAGAUUAACCAAACUCUGCUGUUUCGUUACGAAUCGAAUACUAGCUCUGAAAUUCACAAAUUUAGAAUCUCAGGCCAAUUUUGAAGUCCAAAAUGGGAAUCGAAACUUGUAUAAAAGGAAGCGCUUAAAAACGGAAUAUCAACAAAUCAUGUACAUCUUCGUCGGAUUGUCUGCCUUCGUCGCCGUCUUCUUCCUUCAGUAUGACGGAGUGAUGAGCUGUGCCCCGAAAGCGAACGCCAGCAAUCCGAUCGACGAUGAAGUCUUGCGAGUCAAGCGUUCUGCGAACGCGAUCUCGAUCAUCACCGUCACCAACAGACCCUACAAUCCGGAGAAUGCAAAAGCCGCGAUUGCAUUGAUCAAACAAAGAUUCACUCAGCUUUCGAUUCAGAAUGGAUUGAAUCUCGAGACGGUUGGACACGACGACAAAUCGGUGAACAUGGGCGGAAAGCUGGCAAUCCACACGAGUGUUCCGGACCGGCCGCAGCGUUGUCAGAAGGGAAUCGCUUUUCUCGAGAAGGCAAAGCCGGAAAUCACGGAAAUCGCUUACAUUUUCAUCCGAUGCCCGGAUGGAACUACUAAAUACAUUUAA